AUGGCACCGUCUGGCACAACUAUGCCUUCCUCAUCCGAACCAAUUGAUCCGAUGACCACGCGCACACUCAUGCGCACGAGCCCCCCAGUCACGAUUGUCUCCAAACGAACACGACAAGACUCAUUAUCUUAUUCUGAAUCUGCCAAGCGAGCCAGGAAUUCAACAGACGGAGUCAGGCCCUCUGUUACUUCUAGUGUGCCAUACUCCGGGAAUGCCUCUGAAAUGUCGGGUUUUUCGAUGUCUUCUCAUCAUGGCCGUGCUUUGUCCCGACCAACGAGCGAAUUAAGCGGCGUAAACUCACCUUUUCAUCCCGAUAAUCGAGGUCCAUCCAACUUUCAUUCGGGUCCCGUACAUCGAUUUAUCGCUAGCCCAGCCAGUGACCGUCCACAUUCAGCCAAUUCGCAGCCUCGAUCGCCGGAGAUCCAUACGAUGAAUGGAAUAGCGCAUGUAGGGAUGCCCUCAUCCAGCACUAGUGCCUCACUCCGCCCCUUUGCCUCCCCACAACGAAGAUUCAGCAGCGUAUCACAUACAUUUGUGCCCCCUACAUCAGUUUCUGAUGUCCCCAACUCGCAAUCUCCUACUAUACCUGGACAUCCUACCCCUGAUGGGCUAAGCCCGUAUUAUACACCACCAUCCAGUGGGCUACGGCCAUCGACGGGGGCUGCAUCGGGAUCUUCUUUUGCGUCCACACUUAAUCCUCCAAGUGGACCCGAUGCCCUUGCCGCAACUGGGUCGGACGAUGGCUCAUCCAGCUUAUCCCAUUCGAUGGGAGAGGCCGAAGUGAUUGCGAGCUUUCCCCAGUUCUACGAACGGGUCCGAGAGCUGUGCCUCAAAUUCAACAGCGACGCGGCUAAUUUACUGCGCGCGACUCGACAAGACAUCUUGGCUCAGUCCUUUCAAAUGGGCACGGGUGCCGACCCAAUGCGAAUGCUCAAUGAUGCCAAAGCGAUAUAUUCAUCUACCCGCACGAGGGUUCCUAGUUCGUCACAUCUCGAAAGCACAAUGCUGCACGGGUUCUCGUCAGCAUAUUCAACCUCGGCGUAUCCCCCACCUUUUCAUGGGCCCUGGUCUCCUCGUUUAUCCUCCGCGUCCCACCCUGUUACACCUUCUGGGGUAGACGAAGGAGAAUAUUUUGCACAACUUCAGCUUCCAAAAGGAGUGUAUGGAUCAGAUCCGACAAUUCAGCGAGAGGCCUCGCUCGUUCAUCCGCCCUCAAGUGGUGUUGAUGUCUCUUUCAAUAACUCCACGCUACGGAGCGCCGCAAACGUCAAUCACGGCACAUGGCGAGACGAAGAGUCCGAAAAACUCAAGCAGUUGGCUGAGCAUAGUCGAGCAUCGUCAAAGAUGAACGGUCAGGAUAAGAUUGACUGGGAUUGGGUUGUUGAGAGGUUCGGAGCGAGCCGCACACGACAUCAGAUACUCAUCAAGGCUACUCAUCUAGGCCUUAAGCCUACCUCGACCCACCCCUCACGGAUCAGAAAGCGUCUUGCGAAAGCUGAAGCACAGCAAGCUGCAGCCGCAGCAGCUGUAUCGUCAGCCCAAGGCGAUGCUACCCCUGUAACAUCUAUUACCCCUGGAACGGAACCCGUGAAUCACUUACUUGCAGACUCUAUGACGUCCCCUACUGUAGGCUCUCGCCACUACUCCUCUCGUACUAUGCACCAGUCUAUAGACGGGCGGCCAAAGUCCGGAGAAACUUCACAAACAUCAACAAGCAACUCAGACAAACUUUCGCCCUAUGAGCCCGGUGGUUCUGCCUGA